UGUAAAAGACAUUUUUUUACAGUGAAAAUGGCGAAAAAAUUAUCAUCGAACGAGGUUUUUGCCCGUGAGGACCAAUUUGGAGCUCAUAAUUAUCAUCCCUUGCCGGUUGCCUUGUGUAAAGGAGAAGGUGUCUAUUUGUACGACAUGGAAGGCAAAAAAUACUUUGAUUUCCUCAGUGCAUAUUCCGCCGUGAAUCAAGGUCAUUGCCAUCCGAAAAUAGUUGACGCAUUGUGUAAACAAGCGCGCGAAUUGACACUCACCUCACGUGCUUUCUAUUCCGACAAGUUGGGCGAGUACGAGGAAUAUUUGGCGAAACUCCUGGGCUAUUAUCGCGUCUUGCCGAUGAACACGGGAGUCGAAGCAGGUGAAACCGCAUGCAAAUUGGCACGUAAAUGGGGCUACCAGGUCAAAAUGAUCCCCGAUAACAAGGCAAAAAUUAUCUUUGCUGAAGGAAAUUUUUGGGGCAGAACCUUGGCGGCGGUAAGUUCAUCAACAGACCCAUCGUCCUUUGGCGGUUUCGGACCUUUUAUGCCUGGUUUCGAAGUAAUUCCUUACAACAACUUGGAGGCACUGGAAAAUGCGUUGCAAGACGAAAACGUUUGCGCUUUCAUGGUUGAACCAAUUCAAGGUGAAGCUGGUGUCGUUGUGCCUUCGGAAGGAUAUCUUCGGGGCGUUCGUGAUUUGUGCACAAAAUAUAACGUACUUUGGAUAGCUGAUGAAGUGCAAACAGGACUCGGGCGAUGUGGCAAAAUGUUAGCGUGCGAUCAUGAAAAUGUGAGACCAGAUAUCGUUUGUUUGGGCAAGGCAUUGAGUGGAGGCGUUUAUCCGGUGUCAGCAGUGCUCGCUAAUGACGAUAUCAUGUUGUGCAUCAAGCCGGGCGAACAUGGAAGCACUUAUGGCGGGAAUCCAUUAGCAUGUGCGGUGGCAAUGGCAGCGAUGGAAGUGUUGAUUGACGAGAAAUUGUGCGAAAAUGCGGAGAAAAUGGGAGUUAAGCUGAGAGAAGCGUUGGAAAAAUUGCCGAAAUCUGUCGUGAAAACUGUUCGCGGAAAGGGAUUAUUGAAUGCGAUUGUCAUUGAAUCAAAAUUCGAUGCAUGGAACGUCUGUCUCAAACUAAAAGAAAACGGAUUAUUGGCGAAACCAACUCACGGUGACAUCAUCCGAUUCGCUCCUCCUUUGGUAAUAACCGAAGCUGAGCUCGACCAAUGUAUCAAAAUCAUUGAGGAGACAAUAAACAGCUUUUGCUAA